AUGGUAGGUGUUUUUCGUCGUUCAGUUUCGUUUCCAAACAAAAAUCCUAACCGUCCAUCACAAAAGCCAUCAAUAUCACACCACAUAAGAUCCAUAAGUCUUCCCUGCAGAUCUCAUCCGUUGAUUUCCCAGAUCAAGGAUGAGAUCAACGGUCUCAGAUCCUGGACUAAUUCUACGAAAUCGAAUCCAUUAACAUCCAAAAACCUACCCAACGGCUUAACACUUCUCAAACAAACUCAUGAAACUUUUCAAGACAUUCUCCAACUUCCGCAAACUCAAGAGUCUCUUCGCUACCACCCUGCUUGGGUCGAGAAGCUUCUAGAGUAUUCUCUCCGCUUCAUCGACGCUUACGGAAUGUUCCAAACGUCGAUUUUAUCGCUUAAAGAAGAACAUUCCUCGGUUCAGAUUGCGAUAAGGAAACGAGAUGAAUCAAAGCUAGUUAUAUAUAUGAAAAGUAAAAAGAAAUUGAGCAAGGAAAUAGAGAAGCUAGUUUCUGGAAUCCGAUGUGUGGAUUUCGGUGUUGCGCAUCAACAACUGAAUGUUCCUGUUUGUUGUUCUUCUUCUUCUACAACGUCGUUGUUAUCAGUUGCAGAUAGUGUUGAACUUGGAGGUGUGAUUGAAGAUGUUAUGAGAUUAACUGUUUCUGUUUCUGUUGCGGUUUUUAACAGCGUAGCAAUGUCUUUUGGUUCGAGGAGAUUUUCGUGGGUGAAAAUGGUGAGAAAAGGUGGGAGUUAUAAGGAGUGUGAAGGGAUUGAAGAAAUUCAGAAGCAAUUGAAAGAGGUUGAGAAUAUUGGGAAUUUGAAAAAGAAAGGAGAUGAAGAAGUUACAUCGGUUUUGAAGAGAAUGCGCGAUUUAGAAGAAUGUAUCUGCGGUGUUGAAAGUGUUUGUGAGAAAGUUUUCAGAGCUUUGAUCAAUUCACGUGUUCUGCUUCUUAAUACUCUUACCCAGUCGCACUAG